AGUAAGCCCCUUUAUAUGACAAGCUGUCAGACGCCAUUGCGCAAAUAAGCGGAGUCGUGUGUGCAUGAUACACGGUUAAACAUGUUAAAAAGUUUUUCUGAAAUUUUAGUUUUAUUUUAUAUUCGGUGCCCAAAUUGUUCUAUAAGAACUGAUAUAUUAUACUUUUCUCCGUCUUGAUCAAGUGUGAAACGUAGUUAAUUAACUAGUGAAUAUAUUUAAUUUUACCAUAAGCAGUUUCCCAGAAAUCACAAUCACCAUGCCUAAAGGAAAGAAAAAAGGAAAAUACGAGCACAGGAGAACAGAAGUUGCUUAUUCAUCAGACGAAGAUGCUGGCAUAGACAUGACCAAUGAUAACUUUUCGGAGACCUCUGGUGCAUCCGACCUCAGAAGUAACCAUGAUGAUGCUGAGAACGAAAUCCAAGAGAAAUUAGAAGAGAAGGUUCUAGAGAUUAUCGAUGCGUUGAGCGCGCGAGCCAACGCAGCGCGCGCCGCGGCCCUGGUCGCGCUGCGCAGCGCGCUGCAGCGCCGCUACCUCGCGCACGUGCUCAGCGGGCAGCGCGUCACGCUCGCCGAGCACGUCACCAAGGCGCUGCGCCGCGGCCGCGACGGCGAGCGCCGCGCCGCCGCCGCCGCCGUGCCCAUACUCGCCCUGCAGAUUGGGGAAGAGGGUACUGACGAAUUCCUGGCAGAAGUACGUCCGGCACUUGCGGCUGCGGCUAUCGACAAGUCAGCUUCUCUCGAGACACGCACCGAGUGCUGCUCAUCAUUAGCGGUGCUGUGCUAUUUGCUGGAAGAUGAUCUCACAGAGGUGCUUGAGAUCAUGCGCAUGUAUGAAACAAUCUUCAGCGGCAGCUAUCUUAAGGGCGACGGCAGCGUGAAGGUGUCGGGCGCGGCCGUGGAGGAGGGCGCGUGGCACGGCGCGGCGCUGGACGGCUGGGCGCUGCUCCUGCUGCUCGCCGAGCCGGCGCACGCCAGAGCACUGCUCGCCGACCGACAGCCCACCUUCCAGCGACUCUCCGAGCUGCUCGACGCCUGCAGUCUCGAGGUGCGCCUGGCGGCGGGCGUCGCGCUGGCCGUCGCGCACGAGCGUGUGAGUGGGGACGACGACGAGUACGACUGGCCCGAGGAGCAGGACGUGCUGCCGCGCCUCGAGCAGCUCGCGCGGGACUCGCACAAGUACCGCGCCAAGCGGGACCGCAAGCUGCAGCGCGCCACCUUCAGAGAUAUACUCAAGUACUUCGAGGAGGGCAGCGUGGGCAUCGAGCGCGUGCGCGUGGGCGGCGAGGCGCUGUCGCUGGGCUCGUGGGGCGCGCGCGUGGCGUACGGCGCGCUGGCGGCCGCGCUGGGCGCCGGGCUGGCCGCGCUGGCGCCGCACUGCGCCGCGCUGCGCAGCGCGCUCGACCUCGAGCCGCCGCGCGACGCGCCGCCCGUCGCGCGCGGCAAGCUCAACAAGCUGCAGCGGCACCUUCAAAACACUGCGGCGUGUAAAGCGCGAACCGUGGCCAGAAACAAGAGCAGAGACAAGCGCUCCGCCGCGCUCGCCCUUUGAGCAUAACGACAUAUUUUCGGCACGGAAUCUCUAGAAAAACAAAAUUGCCGGUUCCGACGUUCAAAAACUUAGCAUUAGACUCGAGCUUAGUUUUACGCUAGCGUUAGACUGUUAGUUUAAAAUAAGAACCAAAGAAAAUUCCCGUUGGUCUUGUUUGUAAACGAUGUUGGAACCGUGUUCGAGGCCCGCAAUUCGUCUUAUCAUUAAAUUGUGCACACUGAACAUAUCCCAUUACUAAAAUUAUUUACAAUUUGUCCUUUUACUUUAUGGUAAUGGAAUUAAAAGAUUAUUAUAUAAAUAACAACAGAACAAAGAGUAUACUAGGAGUGGCAUCAAACAUGCAUCAGUAACAGCCUGUUAAUGUCCCACUGCUGGGCUAAGGCCUCCUCUCCCUUUUGAGGAGAAGGUUUUUUGCAAAACAUGCAUACACCAAUGAAACCAAAUUAUAUGUAGUGUAAAAUAUAAAUAUCAACGUAUUAUAAUGAGAAAAAAAUAUAUCCGCAUGUUAUCUUAAUCAAAACAUUAAACCAGUGCCACUUCUAUUAUACUCCCAAAAAGUAAUUCUAUAGAAAACAAACGAUACACGACGAUUAAAUCUAUACCGAAAUAUUAGAACAGGAUUAUGUUAAAGCCACUAUUUUAAUACCCAGCUAUUGUAUCUAUCGCAUUAUUGUAAUAAAUUAUCGUGUUUCGAUAUUGUUUCUUAUAGAAUAUGCUUGUCGUUCUGUAAGACUACAGUUUUAAUAAAUAAAUUGUAUACCCGAUGACAAAUAUCGUCACAUAUUUAUGUGAUUUUUAGUUAAAUUAGUUUGUAUAAAAACUUGAUAACUUACUCCUAACUUGGAAAAUUGGUCCGCAUUCCGAACUAACAGCGCUUGAGCUGCCAUUAAAUGAUUCGAGUAUAUUGAAUUAAUCUUUAUUUUUAAAUCUAAUACUUAUAAAUAUUAUAUUGACAGUUGUUAUAGAUUAGUUCAAUUGCUAGUUUUAGUGGUUUUAUUAAUAAUUUCUUUUAUUUAUAAUCAAGUUUGGAGUAAGGGAGCUUUUUAUUUCGGUUGAUAUAAUUUCUAAUAUGAUUUGUAUAUUUUAUGAGUUACGGUUAACAGUACAGUUCAUACGUUUUUACGAAAUUUCUCGGUAAAUAUUAUUUUGAUUUUUGUUACCUGCGGCCGUAUAUAUACGAUAACUAGGCUAGUUAGUACACGGAAUGUUGAAAUAAUAUUUAUUAUGAGAAUA